ACCAAUCUGAGGAUAGAGAUUGGUAAAAGCGGGAGUGUCUGGACAAAUAACAUUCGAAAGCAUUGUUAUUGUGUCUGGUACAAAGCAACAAUACCUGUUGUUUCUGUUUGAAGUUACAUGUUGUAACAUGAAAGUUAAAGACGCUUGACAGAAUUAUUUCAUGUGCAACGUUUAUGUUCAAUGAAAACUAACUUUUUUACGGGACAAUUCUUAUUAAAAUAAAAAUUGGAAAUUUCAUUAGGUAUAAUUUUUCUUUUUUUAUUGUUACCAGGUUUCUGUACAACAGUAUAGGGGAUUUUUGCUUUAAAUGAUUAUCUGUCUUGAAAGUGUGUUGUGAAUCAUUUUGAAUGAACUCAUGACUACACCAAUUCUUCUUUCCACCUGCAUGGCUGUACCAGUGUAUGUUGCUGAGGAAAUUGCAGUGGGAAGAUGUGUGUUCCAAAACUUUGUACAUGAAGAAUUUGAAGAAGAAGGUGUGCCUGAUGAAAUUCUUGAAGAAGUAGCUGAGGAAAUCCUAGAAGAAAAUGAACUGCAGAACGAUCACAGUUCUGCAGCUCAUCAUUAUGUUGAUGAAAAUUUUGCUCAUGCACUGCAUCAUGUUGGUGGUGAAAGUCCCUUUGUAAUACAGAGCUCUCGAAUUAUUGGGGCUACCAUUCGAGAAAUAGCUAAUGAAUUUGCCCAAAGUAGAGAAAGACAGCGCAUAAAAGAGGAAGCUGAUAAGGUUAAUUUAUCUACCAUUAAUUAUCAAGGAUUCUAUACAAUAUUGGAAGAAGUUUUUAGACAAGGUGUUAACAAAUAUAAUGUGGUUGCUUUAUUUUACUUUUGUGCUGAUGUUCUCAUCAAAUGCGUUAAAUCACAGCUGAAAGACAUUGGCAUCAAGUUAUUUAAAUGGGCUAUACAGUACAUCGUAAAUCGUGUGUGUGCCUGGGUUGCUAGACAUGGUGGAUGGGAAAAAGCAAUCAAACACACAUUCAAUAAUAAUGGUCAGUAUAUUGUAAUUGGUGCAGCUGUAGGCAUUUGUGCUGUAGGUUGCUUUAUUUUGUACAAAUGGAACAGUUAAAAAGGUCACAAGACUUUUGCAUGAAUGAAUAAUUCAUUGCCAUUUUUUUUUGUUUACUAAUUUCAUUUAUUUUUUUCUUUCUGUUUAUUGGAUUGUAUUACCAGAAUAUUGCCAUAUGUAAAAUUACUCAUGAAUUGCGGAAGUCAAAAACAAAAUGUUCAUGAAAUGAGUGUUGAGUUUCUAAUUAUCUUAUACUUGAUUUUUACUACCUAGUAUACUAUUUUUGUGCAGAAGACUUUGUACACAGAUCAAAAAUAUUUGUUUUAAACUUUAUAGUGAGAGAAAAGUUUGUAUUCUUCAUAGUAUUUUAAAAAUUCUAUUAAAUAUCCAGCAGCCUUAAAAAAAUUAUAAGCAGAGUUUACUUAUUUUGUAAAAUCAAAUAUAAAUUUUAUUGUUGUUUAAUUUGGUGAUAGUUGGAUUUCUUUUUGUGAAAUGAAUUAUUUUUUGCAUUAAAAGAAUUUUUAGCCAUUCGUUUUUAACUAUUCUAUGUAUGUAGCAAUUUUUUUUUUUCUAAUCGUCUUUGUAAUUUUGUACUUUAAUUUUGAGCUUAUUGAAUACAGAUAUGUGCACAAAUCAGUAUUAAGAGAAGCAUUCAGCUUUGAAAGAAGUUGUAAAGUCAUUCUUUUAUGUAUAUAAAUGUAUUCUGAUAAAUAAUUUUAAUUCAUAAAAAUUUUGCUUUUGUUAAUAUUUUCUGGAAAUUGUGAUCUCCAUUCUUGUGUUAUUUAUUUGUUUGCAGAACUUAAAUUUCAUUCUCAUGUGUUUAUUAAAUCAUUUUAAUGAAUAUGUUGUUAUAUUUCAGACUGUUGUUCUCAUGUAUUGCCCUCCCUUCUCUGUCAUAACAAAAAUUUCAAUGUAGAAUUUAGUCAUUUCGUAAAAGGACAGAAACUGAGAAUCACUUUUGCAUUUUUAUAUUGCAAGAGUGGUCGUAAAUCUUCUAAGUAUUUUUAAAGACUGUUUCUCAUUAUCGUGAGGGUUAUAUAAUCUCAUUUUUAUAAAGAAAUUUGUUUAAAGAAUCCGUCUUUGAAUUCAUAAUCAAACUUUUGAUGUACAAAUUAUUUAUAUUUGUAUGUUUCUCAUAUUUUUGUAUUUUAAAAGCUGAUAUUUAUUUUCUCCUGAAAGAAACACUUUUGUUUUGCUGAGUCAAAUUUUUGAGAAGUCAUCUGUUUUGUAAAGAUGUUUGUUGCUUCUUGUUUCAUGUCAUUUGUACAUUUUUGAUGCAUGUAUUUCAACUGAGUCCUUUGUUAUGUAUGCUUUUUUUUUAUUUCUUAAUAAAAAAUUAAAAUUGUUUUAAA